AUAUACGACCUAUUUCAAUGUAACACCGUCAGUCCUUCAUUCUCAUAUGUCCCCCUGUAACUUCAAGUUUACCGGCGUUGUUGUGAUAUCGAGGCGUAUCUGAAAGGCUUUUGAGGAAUCUACGAUCGAUAGAUUCCUCGAGUUGACGAUAGCAGAAGUAUGUCCACCACAUCACCACCGCACAACCGCAGCCGAAGUGAGGAUGAGGACGACCCAAUCGACCGCAUGAUCUCACGCACUGGUUGUGGCGAGCUUCACUAUGCUGUCCAGGAAUGCAUGGCGGAGCACCAGGACUGGCGCAAGUGCCAAAGUCAAGUCCAGAAGUUCAAAGACUGCAUGACAAGCUUUCAAAACUCAAGGAAAGAACAGCUCAAUAAGCAUCAGCCCGACUCCGCCAAGUCAGCACAUAACUGAACAUUAACCAUGUGCCUAAUUAAUGCAAAUUAUGUAAAUUAAUCUAGUGUCUGUUGUAA